UUAAUAUCAUAUUUCAAAAGGAUAUCCUAUUUGGCAGCUUGGCCCAUAAAGUGCGUAUCUAUAACGACGAUGAAGCGGAUGUUUUGAUGGAGCUGCGCUUUCCGGCGUACAAUCUCAUCAAACAGGUGGAAGACAUCAAACGUCCGGGAUUUAUGUUCCUUGACUUUUCGCAGGCCUGCUGCGAUACUAUGAUAGCCAAUCAUCUGGCCAACAAUAAGGGCAGGAUCCUGUCUCAGUCGAAGCUAAGGCGCUGGAUAGAUAGCAUUUUUACGAACGCCUUGUACAACUACGGCAAUGUGGUUCACGGCAUCUACGAGGACUACCAACUGAAGUACGUUUGGCGCGGCGCGGCCUAUACGAUUCAAGCGGUUUCGCAUCUUCGCACAUUUUCCAUUGAUUUCGUGCCAGCCGUAAAAAUUGUGUGUCAGACCGCUGGCACCUGGCAUGCUAUACCCAAGUCCUCGAACAUUGCGGGUCAUAUGCACCGUUAUACCUUUAUGAUUAGCAAUGUGGACGCGGAGCUGCAGCACGUGGCGCGUUGUGGCCGUAAGUUGAAAGAUGUUUUACGCCUGCUGCAGGCCUUCCGCAUCUCAAAGAAUUUGCCAAAGCUGCGCUGCACUCACUUUGUUAACCUGGCCAUUUGGCUAUCCACGCGUAUGGGCUACCAGACCCUAUAUUAUAUGUCAGUUAGUGACCUCUUUUUACAGAUGCUGUACGAGCUCUGCGAAGCCUUUUACGAGGGUCACUUGCCAUAUAUAUGGAAUUGUCAAAUGAAUCUCCUCGGAAAUUUUAAGGAGAUGGAGAUAUUGCAGUAUCACAAUGAAUUACUGGAUGCCUACACUACACUUGAUUCAUACCCUUCUCAGCCAGCUCUAAGCUAUGCCCGUUGCCUCAGUCACUUUGAAUAGACAGACGCAUGGAGGAAAUACGUUUUAUAUACCAUUAUAUAUUACACAAC